AUGGCGAUCUCAAUUGAAGAUUGCGAAAUCUAUUGCAAUGUGAUUCCACUUCACCACUUUGUUGAACCACAGGAUGCUUCCUUCUCAAGUAAUAUGUUCUCCAUCAAGGUCAUCGCCACCUUCAUUCCUCAUCUUCAUUCAGCAAUGGAGGAAGAAGAUGAUGAUGAAUCAAAUUCACUUCUUCUUUACGCCAACUUGGAAUGUGACACUAGCCAACGCACAUUCCUAGUUGAACUUGACCGUUUCUUGCAUCCAGAAAUAUCCAGAGAACAGAUUAUCUAUAACGUUCGUCGAUUUGGAAGUGACCAUGAUAAAUACAGUGUGAGUCCUCGUAAGGAUCUCCUUUUGGUGGUUAACAUUGAAGUUCCUGCAAUAAUCUUUGAGGUUGCGAGUAAUGAUGAUCCCGCAGAUUUAAGCCUGCUAGUGCCUGCUACUAAAUCAUCCAUUGAAGCUUUGGAGAUUGUGAAAGUUGACGGACCUAUGAAUCAACAGUGCUCUAUUUGUUUAGAGGAGAUGUUGAUUGGUUCGGAAGCAAUUUGCAUGCCAUGUUCACAUCUUUAUCAUCAUCGUUGCAUCUCUUUGGCUUUCUAUGGUGUUGGCUGCUCAGUAGUUCCAUUUCCUUUUGUUCCACGCAUAUGGAUUGGGUCAAGAAUGAUUUCAGUUGCAUCAGGAAUCAUUUUCUCCAUCAUAAAGGCAGAAGGAGUUUGA